AUGAAAAAUAUAAAGCCAAACAGUGGCUCCUUUUCAAAAGAAGCUGCUAAAUUUAAUUCAUGUGCUAAACAGUUUAAUAAAAAACAUUCAAGUAAUACAGUAACUUCUUUAUUAUGUGCACAACGCUUAACAUUACUUCUUUCUUCUUCACAACCACCAACAAUAAUACCAACAUUAUAUGAAAUUUGGGAUUCUUGUUUACUUAUUGCAUUAGAAAUAGAAACAGACACUACGUUACUUAAUUUACUUAUGACAGUUAUUACUCAUCCAUUAUUUUAUGAAAAUUUCUCAUCAGAUACAUCAAGUAAUAUGUAUUCAUUGUAUCGUGACCAUUUAAAAAAAACACUUGACUUUGUAAUUAAAGGUUUGUCUCGAAUGACAUUCGACAUUGUUCUACCAUCUGCAAUUUAUAGAGGAACAGUAGAUUCUCUUCAUACAGAAUUAGAAAAGAGAACAUGUUCGAUUGAUGCAGAAAGACCAGUAGUUGUAGCUCAAUCAAAGAAAAAAGUGUCAAUAUUUUCACGAUUUAAAAAAGGAAAAGAUAAAGCAUUAGUAAUGAAUGUUUCUGCUGAGUUUGUUCCUUUUUCAGUAAAAUUCUUUGCAUUAGCAUAUUUUAGAUUUCCAUCGUUCAGAAUUAAAUUAACACAAUAUUAUACAAAUUUAUUUCAAAUAAAAAUUAAUUAUUCACCAAAAAAAUCACUUCUGAAACAUUUUCCAACAUUACUUUGUUGGGAUGAAUUUGAUCAAAAAUUAAAACCAAUGGAAUUAGAAAUUGUUUGUUUCUAA